AUGGGGACAUCAGCAAGUUUCCCGAGGGGGUACGGAAACCUGGUGGCGGCGGCGGCAGCGAGCGGCGUCAAGCUUGUCCUCGUUGAGGUCGUGGAGGAACCUGCAACUAUUGUCGUUCUUGCAGAACCUCCUGGCGAAGUAGAGACAGGGGUGACGGAGGUAGCAGCGGUGUUGGAGGUUUCGAGUGAGACAUUGCUUGCACAAAUCUUCAUUGAAAAGAUGAAGGAAAAAGAGUGGGUGUGGCUCCACGGAUCCACCCUCGAGUACCAGCAAAAAGCAUUACAAUUUGUAAAGACAGCUGAAAAGAAUUUGGGAUUUCCUACAAGGAUGUUCUGCCCUUGCACGGAAUGUCGUAAUAUGAGCCAUCAAGAUGGAAGUACAAUUUUUGAACACUUGGUUACAAAGGGGAUGGAUCUUUCAUACCGAAUGAAAUCACAUUGGAAUAAGCAUGGAGAGAAAAAAGAAAGUGGUGAGAAGCUUGAUUAUGAAGCCACUAAGGACGAGACAUAUAACUUAUUCCAAGCUGCCUACUUUAUAGAUGAAGAACUUGUUCAGCCUAUACCUAUUAAUGAACCUUCUGAACAUGGACAUGGUGACGAGUUCAUAAGGAGACUAGAAGAAGCACAAACUCCUUUGUAUCCAGGCUGCGAAAGUUACACAAAGUUGUCAGCUAUUGUAGAUUUGUAUGGACUCAAAGGCAAGAGUGGAUUAUCAAGUAAACAUUUCAAUGAGUUGUUAGGUAUCAUUAAACGUAUGUUGCCAAAGGAUAAUGUUUUGCUAGAUUCAGCCGCUUCAAUUAAAAGCUUCCUCAAGAUAUUUGACAUGGGGUAUGAAAAGAUUCACGCUUGUGUGAAUGAUUGCUGUCUCUUUAGAAAGAAGUAUGAGGAACUGGACAACUGUCCAACAUGUGGUGCCUCAAGAUGGAAGAUAAAUAAGCAUAGUAAAGAAAUCAGAAAAGACGUUCCAGUUAAGGUUUUGAGAUAUUUUCCUAUUAUUCCUAGAUUUAAAAGGAUGUUCAGGUCUUCACAAAUGGCUAAAGAUUUGAGAUGGCAUUUUGAUAACAAAAGCAGUUCAGCUGAUCCACGCAAUCUCAGACUUGGACUUGCUACUAAUGGUUUCAACCCGUUCUCCAUCUUAAGCUCUAAAUAUAGUUGUUGGCCGGUAAUGCUUGUGAAUUAUAAUUUGCCUCCUAUGUUGUGCAUGAAGAAAGAUAAUAUUAUGCUAACAUUGCUGAUUCCUGGUCCAAAGCAACCGGGAAACGACAUAGAUAUCUAUUUGCAACCACUUGUAGAUGAUUUGCAAUUGUUGUGGGAGAAUGGGGUUGAGGCUUAUGAUGCAUUUAGCAAAUCAACUUUCAAUUUGAAGACAAUGUUGAUGUGGACUAUAAAUGACUUUCCAGCAUAUGGAAAUCUUGCUGGCUGUUCUACAAAAGGAAGAAAAGCAUGCCCUAUAUGUGGGAAAAAUACACAUCAUAGAUGGUUACGCUUCAGCAAGAAGUUUUCAUACAUGGGUCACAGGAAAUUUCUGAAACCCUCACAUCCAUACCGAAGAAAGAAAUCAUGGUUUGAUAAUAGUAUAGAGCAUGGCAGCAAGCCCAAAGCCUUAACAGGUCACAAUAUUUCUGCUGAACUUCUAUUACGUCAUAAUUUAGACGUGAUGCACAUAGAGAAAAACAUUUGUGAGAGCAUAAUAAGCACUAUGUUGCAUAGUGGGAAAUCAAAAGAUGGGAUAAAUGCUCGUAAGGACUUGGAAGAUAUUGGAAUUAGGAAAGACUUGCAUCCAGAACAGCGGGGAAGCAGAUUGUACCUUCCACCAGCACCACAUACAUUUUCAAGGUCUGAAAAGAAAAGAUUUUGCAAGAGGAUAUGUGACUUCAAAGGGCCUGAUGGUUAUUGCUCAAAUAUCGGGAACUGCAUAACAUUGGAGGAUUGUAAGAUUAUGGGGCUUAAAUCUCAUGUUUAUCAUGUCCUAAUGCAGCAAUUGUUGGCUGUUGCUAUAAGAGGAUUGUUACCGAAAGAGCCUAGAAAAGCGAUAAUUCAAUUAUCUAGAUUUUUCAAUAGAUUAUGCCAGCGUGCUAUUGAUAGAGAAAAGUUGCUGGACCUUGAGAAUGAGAUCAUUGAAACUUUGUGUCAAUUGGAACGCUUUUUCCCGCUGUCAUUUUUUGAUAUCAUGGUACAUUUACCGGUUCAUCUAGCAAGAGAGGCACGCUUGUGUGGUCCAGUUCAUUUUCGUUGGAUGUAUCCUUUUGAGAGGUACAUGAAGACACUAAAAAAAUGUGUCCGAAAUCUUGCAAGACCUGAGGGGUGUAUUGCAGAGUCAUACCUAGCUGAAGAGUGCAUCGGCUUUUGUAGCGAGUUUCUAAAACAGUCAAUACAUGUGAAGGAAAAAGAAGUUCGCAAUGACGAAUUUGAAAAUGAUGUCAUUUUUGAAGGUCGUCCUAUAUCUAAGACUACUUCAAUCACACUUACCGAUAAAGAGAAAGAUAUUGCACAUCGUUCAGUAUUACUGAACACAGCAAUAAUGGAUCCAUUUUUAGAUAUGCAUUUGGAGGAGUUGCAAGCAAAAUACAAACAACUUGAAAAAAAUCAGACCUUACUUUGGAAGCGGCAUACUGAGAAAAUUGCAGAAUGGACAAAAAAUAAGAUUCCUAUUGACUCGAAUGAUCAUUCAAAGACAUUAAGAUGGUUGGCAUAUGGUCCUAAAAAGAGUGCACUAUCAUGUAAGGGAUACAUUAUCAAUGGGCUACGGUUUCACACAAAGGAUGUUGACAGGGAAACACAAAAUAGUGGGGUGACUUAUGAUGCAAUAACCAUGUGUAGAGCAAGUGCAAAAGAUACUGCACAAGUGGCUGAUCUGGUUUCAUAUUAUGAAAUAUUGACAGAUAUCAUUUUACUAGACUACCAUCUAUUUUAUGUUCCAUUGUUUAAGUGUCAUUGGGCCAAUAAAGGAAAUGGUGUUAAGGAAGAAGAUGGAUUCACACUUGUAAACUUACAGCAGAGUCAAGUAUCAUUUGCAAGAGAUCCAUAUAUCCUAGCAUCUCAAGCAAAACAGGUUUUUUAUUCAAGAGAAGAUGAUUCGUCUAAUUGGUAUGUAGUAAUGAAGGCACCACCAAGAGGUUACCAUGAGUUGGAGACAGAUGAUGAGAAUGCAGAUGCAUCUUUUUUGCCACAGGAAAUUGAAAUGGAUAUUGAUGAUUAUGAGACAGAGAGUUAUGUCAGGGUGGACUGUGAGGGACUACUUGUGUGA